GGCAGCAAAUAGUAUAUGGGGCAAGUCUUUGAGAGAGUAUUUCUGCGUUGAUAUCUCAGCUGAUAUGAAUGAUCUAGCUGCUGUGCUGUUAAGAGACGGCAAACAAGAUGGCCGCCCCUGUAUGAAGGGAGUCUUUUUUCGUCAGUUUUUACCUGUAUCACCAAUGAAUAAAUUUGAUGUAAUAAUCUCAUCAUAUUCAUUAAUGGAUCUUCCAUCCGUACAAGAAAGGAUAAACACACUGCGUACUCUGUGGAUCAAAACUGAACACUUCUUGGUUGUCAUAGAGAAUGGCACAAAUGAAGGUUAUAAGACUGUGCUUGAAGCCAGGGACUUAAUUUUACAUGGGGAAAACUACUUGAAAACUAAUAGAAGAAUCAGAAAACUAGAUGCUGAGCAAGAUGAAGAUGAAUUGAAUAAAGAGAGUGAACAGUAUUCCAGCAAUGUGGAUAUGAAACGAGAAUUUGAUAAAGCUGUCAGUAUGAGUAUGAAGAUGAAUGACAAUUGGCCAGUUGGUCAUGUAUAUUCACCAUGUUCACAUGAUUUACCCUGUCCACGGUUAAAUGAUGGUACAGACACUCCAUGUAAUUAUCUGCAAGAAUAUCACCCACUCAAGUUAUCACAGAUGCCAAAACAAGUACAGAAGGAGAAUUUUUCAUAUGUGGUGCUCAGAAAAGGUCAAAGGUCAAAAGGCUGCAAUGAAUGGCCAAGGUUAAUCCGGCCAGUUCUGGUGAAAUCUAAACACAUCCAUUGUCAUAUGUGUUGCCAUGACGGCAGAAUACACCAUACAGUGUUAACAGCAUCUAAGCAUGGAAAGGAUUUAUAUUACUGUGCAAGAUACAGUAAGUGGGGAGACCAACUUCCACUUUCAAUACUUGCUGAAACAAUGAACAAAUCCACUCAGGAGAAUGAUUCUACUCAACACAAGCAAUGCACAGAACCUACUACAGAAGAAGAUUGGUGA